UACUCAUUCUUCCCACACUAUAUAGGCAAGCUUUUGGUUUGUCACAGUUGAUCAUUCACUCCUACUACAUGAACCUCCAUUAAAAUACAAGAUUUGAGCUUCUCAAGAUUUGUGUUUUCAAGAAUUAAGAUGGAGAUUGGGAGGCAAGAGGAGAUCAAUGAUGAAAUGUCAAUAUUGUCCCCUCCUCCAACUAUGGGCUCAAUGCAAAUAGCUGGAAGCAAUGGCUUUGGUCACAACAUUGAGUUCAUGUCUCAAGCCUAUUUAAGAAAUAGGAGCUCAGAGAUUGAUAUUGAGGAUGAUACCUCUGAAGCAAAUAAAGACCACCCACUUCCCAUAUUUCUCAAGUUUGAGGAUGUGGAAUACAUGGUAAGAAUUAGCAAACCUUCCUCCCACAACCCUGUGAAGGCAGUGGUGUCAAAGAUGGCCUCACAGCUGGUGGAACAUGACAAUUACAAGCACAUACUCAAGGGCAUAACAGGAAGCAUUGGCCCCGGUGAAAUCCUUGCUCUCAUGGGUCCCUCUGGUAGUGGCAAAACCACAUUGCUAAAGAUCAUAGGAGGGAGGUUACAUGAAAAUGUUAAGGGAACCAUAUCUUACAAUGACAUUGCCUAUAAUCCUGCUCUUAAGAGGAGGAUUGGAUUUGUGACACAAGAUGAUGUGCUCUUCCCACAACUGACAGUGGAGGAAACCUUAGUUUUUUCUGCAUUUUUAAGACUUCCAAGCAGCAUGAGCAGAAGACAGAAAUAUGAAAGAGUGGAGAUGAUUAUUAAGGAACUUGGUCUUGAAAGAUGUCGUCAUACACGAGUAGGAGGAGGAUUUGUUAAAGGGAUAUCCGGGGGAGAAAGAAAAAGAACAAGUAUUGGGUAUGAAAUUCUUGUUGAUCCUUCUUUGUUAUUGCUCGAUGAACCAACUUCAGGCCUCGAUUCAACCUCUGCAAAUCGACUUCUUCAGAUUCUCCAAGGCAUUGCAAAGGCAGGAAGGACAAUAAUCACAACAAUUCACCAACCUUCAAGUAGGAUGUUUCACAUGUUCGACAAGGUCUUGUUGAUAUCAGAAGGCUAUCCAGUGUACUAUGGCAAGGCUAGAGAGUCAAUAGAGUACUUCUCAUCUCUGAGAUUCAUCCCGGAUAUAGCAAUGAACCCUGCAGAAUUCUUGUUAGAUUUAGCAACCGGACAAGUGAAUGACAUUAGGGUUCCCGAAGAGUUACACGCAUCACGAGGCACAACUGAUUCCGAGAGGGUUGUAAUCAAAUAUUUGCAACUCAAGUACAAAACUUUGUUGGAGCCAAAAGAAAAACAAGAGAAUCAUCGGACAAUAGAGGCAUCAGAGCAACUUCAGUUAGCAGUUCAAGUUAGGAAGGAUUGGACGAUCACUUGGUGGGAACAAUUCACAAUAUUGGCAAAGAGAACAUUUAGAGAGAGGUGGAGAGAUUACCUCGACAAGCUAAGACUUGUUCAAGCGCUUGGCGUCGCAGUCUUGUUAGGCCUCCUUUGGUGGAAAUCCAAUAUUGCAACUGAGGCUAAACUCAGAGAUCAGAUUGGUUUGAUGUUCUACAUCUGCAUUUUUUGGACAUCUUCAUCAAUAUUUGGAGCUGUAUAUGUCUUCCCAUUCGAAAAACUCUAUUUAGUGAAAGAAAGGAAAGCAGACAUGUACCGGUUAAGCGUGUACUAUGUGUGUAGCACCUUGUGUGACAUGGUGGCACAUGUUUUCUAUCCUACUUUGUUCAUGGCAAUUUUAUACUUCAUGGCGGGAUUCAAGAGAACGAUCUCAUGCUUCUUCAUGACGUUGUUUGCAAUACUAUUGAUAGCCGUUACAAGCCAAGGGGCGGGCGAAAUGUUCGGCGCUGCAGUUCUUAGUAUUAGAAGGGCAGGGAUGAUUGCUUCUUUGGUGUUAAUGAUCUUUCUUCUCACUGGAGGUUACUAUGUUCAGCACAUACCCAAAUUUAUACAAUGGUUCAAGUAUUUAUCAUUCAUGUACUAUGGCUUCAGACUUUUGCUAAAAGUGCAGUAUUCAGGAGACGAACUAUAUGAAUGCGAAAGCAAAGGAGGGUGUAGAACUUUGCAGAGUUCCCCUUCAUUCGACACGGUGAAUUUGAGUGGUGGAUUGGAAGAAGUUUGGGUAUUGCUAGCCAUGGCUCUAGGUUAUCGAUUGUGCGCAUACAUUUGCCUUCGAAGAAGAAUUAGCAUAUGCCAUUUCUGAAACAUAUAUUGUAACAAAAAAACAAUGAAGUUUGUUUAUAAGAUUGCAACAAUGUCAAACAAGGAAGAGGAAUAGCUACAAAAAGGAAAAAGAAAA